AUGACCUCUAUUGUGUAAUUAGACUAAGAAUAUAGAAUGCUAUUUGAGUAAAUUAUGGGAAUGCUUGAUUAAUUAUCAUCUAUAAGUUUGGAAUUUGUAAGCUCUAAAUUGACGUUUCUUGAAAAAUACUCUUAAACUUUAAAAACUACUUAAAUGGAUGCUCGACAACACAGAAAUAAUUAAAUAAAAAAUCUGAUUGAAUAUGUUAAAAUGCAUCGUAAGUCAAAAGUUCGUUCUGUGAUUCAUUCCCCAUCUAAUAGAACAUUUCAUCAUCACAACUCUUUGGAUAUGUAGGAUGUUCAAUUAAAUGAAAAUAUAUCUAUAAUGCCAAAUUCUUGUGUUUCAUAAAAAACUCAAAGUGAAGCCAAACUUGUACAUACAAAAACUAUUAAAAAUCUGCUAUAAAAAAUGAUAUCUAAAAAGAAUGAUUCACCUUAAAAAAAUUCUGCAGAUCCCUUAAUUAAAUUACUUGAGAAUGCCAUGUCUUUAUUAGAAACUCAUCAGUAAUUAUAUUAAGAAGAUUAUAAUGUUUUAAAAAAAGAAUACGAUUAAUUACUAUAAAACAAUCCUCAAAUAAUGACCAAAGUCAGUUUGCAAAAUAAAUCAAGCAAAAUUAAGGAAAACUUGAAUUCUCUAAUAGAAACUCAAAAAUCGUUCAAAUCUUAUUUGAAUUCUAUAAUGUGA